GAUUUUUUUCUUUGACUGUACUUGACAUACAUACUUACUUACACACAUGCUUACAACAUACUAUCAUACAACCGUAACUAUGGCAACCUAAAACACAAACAAAAAAUCAAACCACGUUUUUUCCCGUAAUCAGUCCAUGUCAUCUAAAAAUAAUUAUUCCAAUUAUUCACCCUACAUAAAAAUACUGUCAACCAAUUAUGACCUCUUACGACCCCGGUGAAGAAAUAAAACCCGAAAAUGUAUUAAAAAAUUCCGAUAGUGAUUGUGAUUAUUCAUAUAGUGACGAGUUUGAUUCUGACAGCAAUUCAGACGUCACAAAUGUCACGCGAAGAUCAUCAUCAUCAUCAUCAACUUUAUCAACUUCUUCGAAGUUCCGAACAAAGACAAUCAGCCCCAGUGAAAUGAGACUAGACCUUCCGGAAGAUGAAGAAUCGCUCGCUAACCUCAAAAGGGAGGAUAAUUACUCUUCGCUGUCGAUGACCUCUAGUGAGCGCGUGAGGAUUGCUAGGAGGUUUAACGACCGUGAUAUGCACUCAAGGUAUCCCAGGAAGAAUAUGAGCUUCACUAAUAUGCAGGUUAUGAAGAUCGAGAGGGACAAUCAGUGCUUGCUGAACAAGAUCAUGGCCAAUCAUAAGCCGAUCUCGGACAACAAGAGCUUGGGGUUCGCUAAUAGGCUCAGUAGCUCGGCGAUCAAUAGGAGGAAAUUGCAGAGGAAAAUCGAGGAGGAAAAUAUGAUGAUGCUGAGGAAGAUUCAAAGUGCGAAACCUCGGGUGCUGACCGGGUCGAGAAAAUAUUGAGUUUAGGAGUAUUUUUUAAGAAGAAAUGACUUUUUAUGAGGUUAUUUGGGAACAAAUUAGAUAUAUUUGUACAAGUUUUUAUAAUAAAGUGUUUUAGGUAAUUUU